AGCACUGGGUCAGUGUCAAUUAGUGAUCCCGCUCUUGAACCUCAUAAACCACGUUGUGAACAAAACUCUUUGGUUGUGAUUUUAAAAAUGUCUAAUGAAUUAUCAAAGGAUGAAUUAUUAUCAUUAAUAAUUAGAUGCACUAAUUUUGCUGCUAAAAAACACAAAAACCAGCGACGACAUGAUUUAGAACAAACUCCAUAUAUAAAUCAUCCAAUAGGGGUUGCCAGUAUUUUAACUGAAGAAGGUAAAGUUUAUGAUCCAAAUGUUAUUGUAGCAGCAUUAUUGCACGAUACUGUUGAGGAUACUGAAACAACAAUGGAAGAAAUAGAGCGUGAAUUUGGUGAAAAAAUUAAGUCAAUAGUAUCGGAAGUAACCGAUGACAAAUCACUGCCUAGUCAAGAGCGUAAACGUUUGCAGGUCGUCCACACACCCCACAUAAGUCACGAAGCUAAACUUGUUAAACUAGCCGACAAAAUUUACAACCUCCGGGAUCUCCAAAGAUCCACGCCGAUCGGAUGGACUUCCACUCGUGUCUAUAAUUAUUUUCAGUGGUCCAAAGAAGUUAUUCAAGGAUGUCGAGGAACAAAUGAAAGAUUGGAGACGAUAUUUGAUGGGAUAGUUGCUCAACAACCUAAAAUAAAUGGUAUUCAGUUGGCCAUAAAGUAUUUAAAUUCAAUUUUCUUAAAAUCACCUUUUCAGAGUUGAUUAUUUAUUUAACAAUUUAAGGGUGAUCCUGGUGAUCCGUGGCGAUCAUGAUGAUGAAAAAACAAAUAAAAUAAAUAAAGACUACUCUGAGGUUAUCUGGUGAAGAAAAUUUUUGGUUGAAAAGGUAUUUUUUAUAAUAAAAAUUAUGCUUUAUUAACUCUUGACAAAAGUAACCUGUAUAUAAAAUAACAUUAUUGAUAAUUUUUUAAUAAAAUAUGGAGUGUGUUGUUGUAUAAAACGAGUGUGAUAUCAAUUAUUUUUAUUUGCCAUGAGUUUUAUGGAAUUUUUCCAUAUAGUCAGCAAGUGCUUUGGCUUCUUCAAAAGUAACUGCAUUGUAUAAAGAUGCUCGUAUUCCUCCAACGGAUCUAUCAAUACAACAUAUUAAAUAAUUAUUAUUAAAAUUAAAAUUAAAUUAUUUUUAUAGCUCACCUAUGGCCUUUAAGUUGAAGCAUUCCGAGUUUACUGGCACCCGCAAGAAAUUCUUUCUCCAACUCUUCGUUGUCGUUGCCGAUUCUAAAUGGCAAGUUCAUGCGACUUCUAGCUUUAGGUUCAAUUGGACACGAGUAAAAUCCAUUAGACUUUUCAAUAACAUCAUAAAUAAGUUUACUCUUUUUUAUAGCACGUUCUUCCAUUCCUUCUACUCCCCCAUUUCUUUUAAUCCAUUCAAAUACACGUCCGAUAAAGUAAACUCUGAUAAAAUAAUAAAUAAUUAUCAAUAUCUUGUUUUUUUAAAUUUAGUAAAAUGUUAAAAAUCUUGUGGUGAAAUCUGUUUUCAAUAAAAUUUAAUCAAUGAGCGUCAUACUUAUUAUCUGAUAAAAGACCAUUGGUGGUCGUAUGACACUGAUUGCGUAACAAUUUUAUAAUCUCAAGAGCUAUCGACUGGGUCAUUUAAUUCAAGUCGACUUACUGGAAGGUUGGUGGGGUGUUGUAGAUUGAAUUAUUUUGUGCUGCGACUGUAAAAUCAAGGACAGACGGGCACACUGUCAUAGGAUUGCCCAAAAGAUCUUCACGGACAAUAACAACAGUCACUCCGGACGGUCCGAAAUUUUUUUGAGCUCCAGCAUAAAUUAUUCCAAACUAAAAUUAUUUAAAUUAUAUUCUCUGAAUUUAUAAUUCAAAUAAUUUAUUCAAAUUACCUUAGAAACGUCAAAUUUACGGGUAAGAAUAUUUGAAGACAUGUCGGCAACAACAGGAACUCCAUUUGUUUCAGGUACAAAAUCAAAUUCAACUCCUUAAAAAAUAUAUAUGUAUAUAAUUAAUUUAAGUUUGUAAAACUGAUAACUGAUUUAUAUUUAAUAAAUAAUUGGUAUAAUAUUUAUCAGAGAUUGCUAAAAUAAAUAUUAACCGUGAAUCGUUUCGUUGGCACAGUAAUACAAGUACGAAGCAUUUGGAUCAAGAUUCCACGUCGAUACAUCUGGUAUUCCAGUAUAUUUACUCAUUUUUUUAUGGACAAUAUUUACUUUGCCAUAUUUUUCAGCUUCUUUGGCAGCUUUCGAAGACCAAGAACCUGAAAAAAAGAGAAAAAAAAAAAAACAAUUUACAUCAAUUAAUACUAUUAAUGAAAAUAAUUUUUUUAAAUUGAAUUAAAUUAGAUAAUAAAUACCAGUUACAAUAUAAUCGGCCGUUCCUGUCUUACUCAUGAGGUUGAGAGGCACUGCAGCAAAGAGACCAGUUCCUCCGCCUUGCAUGAACAAAAUUUUAUAAUUGCUUGGAAUGUUU